UCUCAAGAAAUACGAAAAGCCCAAUAAAAAAGCCCAUCAAGAAUCUUUAAGGACCCUAGGGUUUCUGUAUAUGAACUCACUCGUUCAUUCUUCACUGCCUCUCUACCCCCCGCAGCAGCUCUUUCAGGAUUACCGAUGGCUUUUGUCAAAGCCCAGAAGUCAAGAUCAUACUACAAGAGGUUUCAAGUCAAGUUUAAGCGAAGGAGAGAGGGUAAGACUGAUUACCGUGCUAGAGUCCGAUUGAUUAACCAGGACAAAAACAAGUACAACACACCAAAGUAUCGAUAUGUUGUGCGAUUUACCAAUAAGGAUAUAACCGCACAAGUCAUAUCUGCAACCAUUGCCGGUGAUAUUGUUCUUGCAUCAGCUUAUGCUCAUGAACUCCCCAAUUACGGUCUUAAAGUCGGGCUUACCAACUACGCCGCAGCUUAUUGCACUGGGCUUCUGUUGGCUCGUCGAGUAUUGAAGAAACUUGAAAUGGAUGAGGAGUAUCAGGGCAAUGUUGAGGCCACUGGAGAAGACUAUUCUGUUGAACCUGCAGAAACCAGAAGGCCGUUCCGUGCUCUACUUGAUGUUGGCCUUAUCCGAACCACCACCGGAAACCGUGUUUUUGGUGCUCUCAAGGGAGCUUUGGAUGGUGGGCUUGAUAUCCCACACAGUGAAAAACGGUUUGCUGGUUUUAACAAAGACGGGAAGAGUCUUGAUGCUGAUGUUCACCGAAAGUACAUCUACGGUGGACACGUUGCUACAUACAUGAACACUCUACAAGAAGACGAACCCGAAAAAUACCAGAGUCAUUUCUCUGAGUACAUCAAGGCCGGAGUUGAACCCGACACCCUUGAAGAGCUUUACAAAAAGGUUCAUGCUGCCAUUCGUGCUGACCCGAUGCCCAAGAAGUCUGAUAAACCACAACCUAAGGAGCACAAGAGGUACAACUUGAAGAAGCUAACUUAUGAUGAGAGGAAGCAAAAGCUUAUCGAGAGGUUAAAUGCUUUGAAUGCCGCUGCUGGAGCCAAUGAUGAUGACUCAGACGAGGAUGACGAGUGAGAGAUAUAUGUUUUGUUUUUUUGAUAUGGUAUUAGGUCUUUGUUGGACUAAAGUUUGUUUUGUUUUGUUUAGAAUCUUGAGAAAUGUUUUGAUGAUUAAUGUUAUGUUGAACUUGUUUUGUUAUUGGUUUUGAUGUCAUGGAAGCAAUUUUGUUAA